CGUACUACGUUCUCAGACACAAGGUCGUUGUAGCAGCAGUUAGCCGCAAACAUGAUGUCCCUCGCUGCCCGGUCGGGGGCUUUUUCCCCCUACAUGCAGGCCACAGCCUUCACAGUGGCUGGUCCUCUGAAGGCUCUGGUCCCGGGGGUCGUCGUGAAAGGAGAGAAGAUUUUAUUAGGCACAAAGAAGAAGUUCCUCUGCCGGGAAACACUCACCGGACAGAGCCCGAAAACGGGGCCUGCUGUGACAGUUAGCAUCAAUGGCAGUGCAGGAGUGCGGUUUGCCCACACAGAUGUCAGGGUACCAGACUUCUCUGACUACAGGCGCCCUGAGGUUCUGGACCCUAACAAGUCUUCUCAGGACAGCAGCGAGUCCAGGAGAACAUUCUCCUACCUGGUCACCGGAGCCUCCACGGUGGUGACCGUGUACGCCGCCAAGACGGUGGUCACACAGUUUGUGUCCUCCAUGAGCGCCUCGGCUGACGUCCUGGCUCUGUCUAAGAUCGAGAUCAAGCUGGGCGACAUCCCCGAGGGCAAGAACAUGACCUUCAAGUGGAGGGGCAAGCCACUGUUCGUCCGCCACCGUACCGAGAAGGAGAUCGCCACCGAGGAGGCAGUCAACAUGGCAGAGUUGCGAGACCCUCAGCAUGACAAGGACCGCGUCCAAAACCCCAGCUGGAUCAUCGUGCUUGGGGUGUGCACUCACCUGGGCUGCGUGCCAAUCGCCAAUGCCGGAGACUAUGGGGGAUACUACUGCCCCUGCCACGGCUCCCACUACGACUCCUCAGGCCGCAUCAGGAAAGGCCCCGCACCCCUCAACCUGGAGGUCCCCUUCUACGAGUUUCCCGAUGAGGAGACGGUGAUAGUGGGUUAAAAACUCUCCUCGGACUCUGAUGGUUCACAGCUGAUGUGUGUCUGAGGGAGGCGUGUCUCUCUACGGAGGGUCGUGGUCCAGUCCCAUAAAUGAUCUCAGCAGGUUGAAAUGUUUGAUCACAGCAGCUCUACUGAUCACAUUAUGUAUUUAUCCGUCUAAACAAGCAUCAGCUAUGGU